AUGACCGCACUAGCCUCCCCAGGAUCCCAACGGUUUCAAACCGCCAACCCAUACGAGAAGGAGUUCGGGUACUCCAGGGCUGUCCGACGAGGUCCAUUCAUCGCCGUCUCCGGCACCACCUCAAUCGAUCCCGUCUCCGGCCAACUGCGUUAUCCCGGCUCUGCGUACGACCAAGCGCGGGCUAUCUUUGCGGAAAUCGUCAGGGCGGUAGAAGGACUGGGAGGAACCGCAAACGACAUCAUCCGCGUACGCAUGUUCGUGAUGCACGGCUCGGACGCGGACAGCAUCGGGAAGGCGCUGAAGGAGGCUUUGGGAGAAGUCGGCCCUGCGGCGACGAUGAUCGUCGGUGCGCAGUUUGUGUCGUCAGAGAUGCUCGUCGAAAUCGAGGCAGAUGCCGUGACUAUGCCGUCGGUCAACAAACACGUUUGUGUGCGCAUAUAUCCAGUCGAUGACUACGGGUGGACCGGUGUCAAGUCCAUCAUUCGCGACUAA